AUCCAAAACCCCACCUACUACUACUACUCCCUUCCCUCUCGCCGCCGCAAUCUGCCCCCGACGCUUCGCCGCAGCAAGAGGCCACGGUCCCUCCCUCCAGCGGGCGCUCCGGAGGGAUAGCUAGCAGAAUGUCGGCGGCGAUGCUCGGGACGCGGCUGGACCUGGCGCCCUCCUUCCCCCUCUCCCCGUCGCCCUCGCCGCCGUCGGGACUCCGCGUCCGCGCCUCGACCUCACCGGCAGCAGCGGCGGGGACCCGCGCCCUCGGGCCGAGGGCGGUGCAGGCGGCGGCGGCGGCUGCGGCGACAGCGGUCGCCGCUAAACCGGCGGCGGCUACCCCGCUGUCGUCCGACCGCACCGUCGUCCGUCUCGGGCUCCCCAGCAAGGGCCGCAUGGCCGAGCAAACCCUAAGCCUCCUCAAGAGCUGCCAGUUGUCGGUGAGGCAGCUCAACCCGCGGCAGUACACUGCGGACAUUCCGCAGGUCCCAAACUUGGAGGUUUGGUUUCAGAGGCCCACAGAUAUUGUUCGUAAACUGUGUUCAGGGGAUCUUGAUCUUGGUAUUGUGGGUUAUGACAUAAUCAGUGAAUAUGGACAGGGCAAUGAGGAUUUAGUUAUUGUUCAUGAUGCUCUCGAGUUCGGACAUUGUCGCCUGUCCCUUGCGGUACCGAAGGAAGGUAUUUUUGAAAACAUAAAUACUCUAGAGGAGUUGGUAAACAUGCCUGAAUGGACAGAAGAAAGACCAAUACGGGUUGUUACAGGAUUUGGAUAUGUAGGUGCUAAAUUUUUGAAAGAAAAAGGUUUCAAGCAUGUUUCAUUUUUAGCUGGUGAUGGAGCUCUGGAGUCAUACCCUGCUAUGGGUAUGGCUGAUGUCAUUGUGGAUCUUGUGAGUAGUGGAACAACUUUGCGCGAGAAUAAUUUGAAGGAAAUUGAAGGCGGAGUAAUUUUGGAAAGUCAGGCCACGCUUGUAGCAAGUAGAAAAUCUUUGAACAGACGUGAAGGCAUGUUGGAGAUUUCACAUGAGAUGCUUGAAAGAUUAGAGGCUCACCUCACAGCGUCUGGCAAGAUAAUGGUAACAGCAAAUAUGAGGGGCAAUAGCGCAGAAGAAGUGGCAGAGAGAGUUCUCAGCCAAACAUCAUUAUGUGGAUUACAGGGUCCAACUAUAAGUCCAGUUUAUUGCAGACUUGAUGGGAAGGUUGCUGUGGAUUACUAUGCUAUUAAUGUAGUCGUACCCCAAAAGUCGUUAUACAAGUCUAUUCAACAACUAAGAUCUAUUGGUGGCAGCGGAGUCUUGGUUUCAAAACUGACCUACAUAUUUGAUGAGGAGACUCCUAGGUGGCGAACACUUCUUUCGGAGUUGGGGAUGUGACUUGGUGCAAGGUCGGCCAUGCUCUCUUUUGCAGUGCACUGGUUUAGCAUAUGCUGAAGUGUCUACAUCAUAUGCAGAAAGUGAGCUCCCAUUUUGGUCUGUACCGUCGGAUGCUGUGCUCAGCUAAUUUGUUCCCUAGACAGGCACUGGCUGGAGGAUCAUUUUUGUGUAAGUGUUUGUUGAUAGAGUUGGGGAACUAACUGGGUUUCUGGGUAUGUAUUAUGUAUGCCUGAUUUUUCCUUUUGUUGCUACGGUUCUGAAUAAAUGGCUGCCUGAAAUAAAAGGCCUCCGUGGUUGGUUUCGGUA